AUGGCGAAAUCAAAUCUAUCUGUGGCUAUUCAUUGCAUUCUCAUUCUUGUGCUAUCAGUGGGAAUACUGAGGGUGGAAGGAGGAGAGUGCUUGGAAGGGCUGCCUACAGUGGACGUGACGUGUAGGGGAUCGCAGGCGGACCAAGUGUGCUGGAUUGCGUGCCAGCAGAGGCACGGGCCGAGGGCCGAGGCAUGGUGCCGUGAAGGCCCGGGCCUUCCGGGGUCCGUCGCCUGCAUGUGUUCUUAUCCGUGCUGA